UGCGCACAUUUGUCAUUCCUGGUCACAGCCAAUCACAGCGUACUCACACGCGCUCUUGAAGAACCGUGAGAACCUGUUCAUCUCGCGACGUUCCUUCUUCCAUCUCAAGCAUAGCCUGCUCAAUUGUAUGUACAAAACGGAGCUCGGCAAGUCUAGGGAAGACAGGAUUAGCAUGGGGAUAUGUCGCACUAUAGGGCGCCAGAAAGUCUUCGUUGUCGCCGUCUGUCUCAUCUUCAUCUACAUUCUCUACCUAGCCUUCCCGUGCGACCCGGGGCCCAAGGCUGUGAUGGUCCCCAAGGAAAAAACAAAGUACAUCUACGACAAGGACCACCAGGCAUUUCCGUACGACGACAACAUGGCGAUUAUUUUUGUCGGCGGCAUGCCCAGGAGCGGCACGACGCUCAUGCGGGUGAUGCUGGACGCCCACCCGGAUAUCCGGUGCGGCGAGGAGACCCGCGUCAUCCCAAGAAUCCUCGGCAUGAGGUCGCAGUGGGAGAAAUCCGCCAUCGAGAAGCGCCGGUUGGAGGAAGCCGGCGUCACCAGUGACGUCAUCGACGCGGCGGUCCGCGCCUUCAUCCUCGAGAUCAUCGCCAAGCACGGCUCAGCGGCGCCGCACCUGUGCAACAAAGACCCGUUCACGUUGAAAUCCACAGUGUACCUGAGCCGGCAGUUCCCGCAGUCCAAGUACAUCCUGAUGAUCCGGGACGGGCGGGCCGUCGUCCACUCGAUCAUCACGCGGAAGGUGACCAUCUCAGGGUUCGACCUGAACAGCUACAGGAAGUGCCUCUCCAAGUGGAACGUGGCCCUCGAGACCAUGUACGCCCAGUGCCUGCACGUGGGGCCGCGCAAGUGCAUGCCGGUCUACUACGAGCAGCUCGUGCUCCACCCGCGGGAGUGGAUGGACCGGAUCCUCCAUUUUCUAGACAUUCCUUGGAAUGAGUCGGUGCUCCACCACGAGGAGUUUGUGGGCAAACCCGGGGGUGUGGCGCUCUCCAAAACGGAGAAGUCAACCGACCAGGUUAUAAAGCCAGUCAAUAUAGAAGCUUUAUCAAAGUGGGUGGGGGCCAUACCGGAGGAUGUUGUCAAAGAUAUGGAAAGUAUAGCCCCCAUGCUCAGGACACUUGGCUACGACCCCAAUGCCAACCCCCCCAACUACGGCCAGCCUGACCCUGAUGUGGCAGACAACACAAUCCACAUCAAGCAGAACUCUGACUUUUGGAAGCAGCGGGAGCUGGACGUGCUGAACGAUGGGGUGGCGGAUGGUCAGCAGCCCCAGGCGGCGCCAGCCGCGGAGGCCAGUUCUCACACAGGCGAAAAAGUUUCUGUUAAAGAAGGACAUGUGGACAGAUGAUGAAAGUUGUUUUCUUUUUUUUUUUAUCUCCAGACAAGAAUGUGGUGCUCAAAUUGUGAAUGAUUCAUUUUUUUUUUUUUUUUUUUGCUUCUCUGGUACUUUUCUGUUGAACUAGACCAGUGUUUAGAAUUUGGUUAAGGGGAUAGAUGGGGGGUAGGGUUUGCUAGUUAUGAUGCUAUCAAAUCAACUCCAUUGUUUUGUUGUCUAGUUUAUACAGGCAAGUACCAUUUGUUGUAUUAUCACUCAUUGUUUAUGAUUUCAGUUGCUCGAUCAAGACAUAUUGUAUCACAAUUUGUUUGAACUUGUCAUUUUUUGGUGAAGACUUGACUGUAUCACAUAUCGGUUAAACUUGUUAUUUCUUGGUCAUGAGUCCAAUGUGUUACCAUUUUUUAAUGAUGUCAUUUCUUUGUCAAGAUUAAAAUGUAUCUCCAAGGUUGUUGGCUGAUAAUAUCUUGUCAUAAUUUACUGCCUAAAAUAGAAUCUUUUUUUUAGUUGCCGUUUUAAGCAAAACAUUCUAACAGAUACACUUUGGACUGACUGACAUACUUUGUACUGACAGACACAAUUUGGACUUACAGAUAUACUUAUUAAUGACAGACAUACUUUGGACUGACAGACAUACUAGCUGCUUUAGCUACCUGGAACAACCUAUGUUAUAGGUCAAAACACAAGGCCUUAGUGUUGGUUCUGAUCACUUGUUUAUGAUGGUAGAGCUGGUCACUUGAUUCUGAAACUGUUCACUUAAUUCUGAAACUGGUCAAUUCAUUCUGAAACUGAGCACUUGAUUCUGAAACUGGUCACUUGAUUCUGAAACUGUUCACUUGAUUCUGAAACUGGUCACUUGAUUCUGAAACUGGUCAAUUCAUUCUGAAACUGAGCACUUCAUUCUGAAACUGAGCACUUCAUUCUGAAACUGGCCACUUGAUUCUUAAACUGAUCACUUGAUUCUGAAACUGGUAACUUGAUUCUGAAACUGGUCACUUGAUUCUGAAACUGGUCAAUUCAU